AUGCGCUCCUUCGACUUUGGCGACGAAUUCGCCGACUCGAACCAACGCGACCGAACUUUGCGCGCCCUCGAGGGCAGAAUCGACGAUGACUUCCGCAGAAUGACACCACCGCACUCAGCUAGCCAAGCCGAUGCCGACGACACGACCGGUGACGUCUUUAUGAAAAUCGCGAGACAGGAGCCAACACGUCGCGGCUCGGGUGAUGUUGCGCCAGCCGAAGAGUCAAGUGCCAUACAAGAGACAUCAAAGAAGCGCGCACGACAGCAAUCAGAAGACGAGAGCGCCGCAGAACCCAUGGCUCGCGCGCUGGCGUACCGCCCCGGAUUGACUCGAGACCGCCCCUCAUCAGUGCACCCGGCCGAGGACUUGGGUCGCUCCAAGACCUUCCACUCUGCCACGCGCUCAACCGUCUCCGCCGCCAACACACCUCGCUCAUUCACCUUCCAGGGCGUGGACACACCGGAAUCAUCACCGUACUCGCCCUCACAAUACGCGCGCAGGCGGCCUUCCUUGACCGACAGCAACGCAGGAUAUGCUGCUCGUAGUUCCGCAUACAGGCAGUCCAACUUGUCCUUUGGCCAGGCACGCACGUACAACUCAUCGCCAUUAGUGCCGAAGAUGGAGACACCGCGUACUGAAACCCACCAACAAGAGGCUGCAAACGGAGUGGAGGGAACCGAGUCGACGGCGACCGCAUCUACAACCGCACCUUCGACAGUAUGGGAUGAGUUGGACGAUCUCAAGUCGAGAAUUCACCGGUUGGAAUUGACGGGCAAGUUGCCAAAGACUUCAGGUGCCGCGAUGUCGCGUGCUUCCGACGAGCGACCCCCCACCGCUACCAACACGACGAUGUCCACGUCACCCAAGAGAACGUCCGGCAGCAACCACCCCAAGUCGGACGCUAUUAGCAUUACAUCAUCGCAGCGCGAGGCUCACCAGCCGAUUUUGCUCUCUGCUGUUAACAAGUCGAAGCCAUUCCUCAGUGAUGAGGUAGCACGAGCACUCGAAACGGCUGCCACUGAAGCACUGGCGCUCGCCAAUAUGAUGGGUACGGCAGGUCAGCCUGGACCUAUUUCUAGUGGAGCCAGCACGAUCGGCGUGGGUACCAACUUGACGGAUCGCCAACUGCGACGCAAGGCGGAUAGUAUCUGCCGGAGUUUGACGGAGCUCGUCCUGGCCUUGAGCGAGGAAAGCGCGCGUGAGAAGACCCUCCAACUGACGGUAUCGACACCCAAGGAGACGACGACUCCUUCUACACCAACUAUUGAUAAAUCGUUCACGGGGGGAACCGGAUCUUCUGCGGCGUCAGGAGCGACUGCCCAACAACGUCCAACCGUACCAGAGCAGCAGACCUUGCCGAAACCCAGUGCGGUUAUCACCAGUCCUAGGGCUUUAUCCAAGUACGAGGAAAGACGCAACACAAUGCUCAACACCAGUGCUCUUCAGAGCCCAAGGUUUGCCCUGCCGCCUGGCACCAUUCCCUCCACGCCGGGAGAGAAGACCGCGCACCGCAAAUCGUCCUUGUUCAUUGGCCGGGCUCGUCGGGGCGCGUCAGAGGAACCCGAAGAUGGACGACGGUCUUCGCUGCUGCUGAGGACGAGACGCGCCGGCACCGAAGAGCCCGAGGACCCGCGUGCGCUUGUCCGCCAAGAACCUCGCCAGGAAAGCGGCCGCCAGACGUCGCUUCUCCGUACACGCCGAGGAACGAUUGGCGAGAACCAUGAUGACGAUGAAUCGCCGCGCUUCCGUGCCCCGUCACGGGCAAACACCGAACUCCAAACACCCGGCCGAUCCGUAUCCCACACCUACCACCCCAACACGGCAGCAAACGAAGUGUCGUCGCCUGCCUCCUCCGCUCUCCCCCGCCGGCGUUUCGGCGCAUCCGCCAUCACCUCCCGCCUUGUCGCACCCUCUACGCCAUCUCUCGCCACACGUCGCUAUCUGGAGAGAACUCCAGAACGGGAAGUCGCUAGCUCAGCUGAGAAGCCCGAAGAGCGCGCACAGCCGACUAUCCCGCAACCGCGUCAUUUUUCACUCAGCCACACGUCCUUGUUGAACAGGGCAAGCAGCAUCAACCGCAGAACCAACCGCGACAGCACGAUUACGAAUACAUCGACUGCUGCUCAGGCGGGCAGCUAUCGAUAA